AUGGUGCUACGAAUGGUAAAAUUCACUGACGAUGCCGACUACGAUGCCGACUACGAUGCCGACUACGAUGCUGACUACGAUACCGCGAAACGUCUGGGAAUGUACUACGUCCACGGUCCCUCUUUGGAAAUAAUUAUGCAUACAAUGGACUCAGGAGAAGGUGCGUUCCUAUAA